CACAGCCAAGUAGCAGCAAAUAGAGCGAGAGAGAGAGAGAGAGCGACGGCGAGAGAUAUGAAUAAUGUAGUGGAGAUUGUGGAGGAUGAGGAGGAGGAGGAUGAGAAGGAGUGUGAGGAUUGGUGCUUCAUCUGCAAAGACGGUGGAGACCUAAUACUCUGUGACUUCAAGGACUGUCCAAAAGUUUAUCAUGAAAGUUGCGUUGAAAAGGGUAGCGCAGCAAGCAAGAAUGGAGAUUCAUAUAUCUGUAUGUGGCACAGUUGCUACUUGUGUAAGAAGACACCAAAGCUAUGCUGCCUCUGUUGCUCACAUGCUGUAUGUGAAGGCUGUGUUACUCAUGCUGAGUUUAUUCAACUUAAAGAGAACAAAGGGUUAUGCAAUCAAUGCCAGGAGUAUGUCUUUGCUUUAGAAGAAAUUCAAGAAUAUGAUGCUGCUGGGGAUAAGCUUGACUUGACAGAUCGGAAUACAUUUGAGUGUCUGUUUCUUGAGUAUUGGGAAAUUGUUAAGAAACAAGAAGAUCUAACUUUUGACGAUGUCCGCAAUGUCUGCGCUUCAAAGCCACAAAAGAAAGGUGUCAAGUCAAAGUACAAAGAUGAUCCCAAAUUUUCGCUUGGUGAUGUCCACACUUCAAAGUCACGAAAGAAAGGCGACAAGCUGAAGUACAAAGAUGAUCCCAAAUUUCCGCUUGGUGAUGUCCACACUUCAAAGUCAGGAAAGAAACCCAUCAAGCUGAAGAACAAAGAUGAUCCCAAAUUUUCCCUAUCUGACCAUGCGGUAGAGGAUGCAGUUGAUUAUAAAACGGUGGGCAAAAAAAUGAGAAUGGAGUUUAUCAGAUGGGGUUCAAAGCCCCUCAUUGAUUUCCUAACGUCCAUAGGGGAAGACACCAGAGACGCAAUGUCACAACAUAGUGUGGAGUCAGUUAUCCGCAGGUACAUUCGUGAGAAAAACCUGCUUGACCGUGAAAAGAAGAAGAAAGUUCAUUGUGAUGAGAAGCUGUACUCUAUCUUCAGGAAAAAGUCUGUAAAUCAGAAAAGGAUUUAUACACUUUUAAAUACUCACCUGAAAGAAAACCUUGAUCAGAUGGAGUAUUUCACACCUUUGGAACUUGGCUUCAGUGAAAAGAAAGAAAAGCGAUUCAGUGAAAAGAAUGAUGAGGUUUUGAUGCCGUGCAAGAAACAAAAAACAGAAAGUUCAGAUGAGGAAAUUUGUGAGAAGGAUGUGCAACCUGAAAUGCGAGCAACUGGUGUCGCCACGAUCAAUGCAGAUAAUAUAAAGCUUGUUUAUCUACGUAAAAGCUUAGUCGUAGAGUUGUUGAAGCAGAAUGAAAGAUUUGUGGACAAAGUGGUGGGAAGCUUUGUGAAAGUGAAGAAUAACCCUAGGGACCUUAUGGCGUACCAGAUCUUGCAGGUUACAGGCAUUAAAACUGCCGAUGACCAGAGUGAGGGAGUGCUUCUCCAUGUUGCUGGUAUGGCAAGUGGUGUUAGCAUUUCCAAGUUGGAUGAUUCUGACAUAAGCGAGGAAGAGAUUGAAGAUUUGAAGCAAAAAGUGAUGAAUGGCCUUCUGAGACAGCCAACUGUUGUGGAGAUGGAGCAGAAGGCUAAGGCUCUCCAUAAUGAUAUAACAAAACAUUGGAUUGCAAGGCAGCUUAUCAUUCUGCAGAAACGCAUCAACCGUGCUAAUGAGAAAGGAUGGAGAAGAGAAUAUCCUUAUUAAGUUUCAAUAAAAAGCACAUACAUUU